GCGGUGAUUGCCCUCUGCAUGAGACAAUUCGGCGUCGGUUGUGAGAGUCUCCCUAUCUCUUUGGGAAUGUGACGCAGCGAGGAACAGAUGUAGUUGCCACUGAGACGUUCCGAACGAACGGUCGGUAAGGCGGGUAUGCAGACGCGAGCGUGCUGCGCGCCAUUGCUCUGCUCCAUGCACCCUGAUUCUGACUGGAGGACAAACUCGGUUCAUGGACGGCCAUAAAAACGUGAAGGGGCUAGCUUUCUCAGGUCCUAUCCUCGACUCUACCCCCGCUCCAGCCCAUCCCAGUUUGCAAAGCAUAAUGAAGGCUUCCAUCGCGUUCGUAUCUGUCCUCUCUCUUGUGGGAGCUGCCGUUGCGCAAACGACCAUUCAAGUCGGGGCCGAAGCAAACUCUCCCGGUGGUAUCUUCCAGUUCUCGCCUAGCAGCGUGAACAUUACAGAGGGCUCUGUGGUCACCUUCGAGUUCUCUGGAGCACCCGGAAACCACACUGUCACGCAGUCCAGUUUCGCGAGCCCCUGCCAGCCUCUUGAGGGGGGCUUUGACUCCGGCUGGAUCUUCGUUCCCGGCCCCGGACAGCCGACCGCGACCUGGAACUUGACCAUCACGAACGCCACUACACCUAUCUGGUUCUUCUGCAAACAGUUGGCGCCGGCUCCUCACUGCACCGCCGGCAUGGUCGGUGCCAUCAACGCGCCUGGCAGCGGUGCCCACACCUUCGCCGCCUUCCAACAGGCUGCGGAGAAGUCGUCUGGUACACCCGGUCAGAGUGAAGGUGGUCUCGUCGGCGUUGGAGCAUCUGCCUCUGCCGGCCCUGGUCCCCUUUCUGGUAGCGUGAAGGGCUUCGGUAUUCCCACUGGUGCAUCCGCUGCUUCCGGCUCAUCCCCGUCCGCGACGACUCCGGCCGGCGGCAGCUCGUCCAGCGGUUCUGCAUCUGGCACUGCGGCGUCGCCCAGCAACACCAGCGGCGCGUCGAACGUCGCUGUGAACGGUGUCCUCGCUUUGGUGGCGGCUGCGCUCGGCAUUGCUACGCUCUAGAUCUCUAGCUUACAAAAGACGGCUUGUGGUUUGGGCGCACUCGGACUGCUGACGAGCAGACGAUAUAUGUCCGAUUGUUCCUAUUGCGCUACAAG